AGCGUUUUGUUUACAAAUCGUUGCGUUCCACAAAUCGCACAAAUCCAGCCCAAAAACCUUGUAAAAUCUCGUGAAAACCCGGAAAUAUCGUGAAUCAUGACUACCGCGGCCCGUCCAACGUUCGAUCCCGCCCGUGGUGGCACCGGUCGCGGCGAGAAGGACCUGAGUGCCCUCUCCAAACAGUACAGUAGCCGCGAUCUGCCCGGACACACAAAGCUGAAAUACAGAGACCAGGGUCAGAACACGGCCGAAGAGCUGCGUAACCGUGACUUCCGUGAGGAGCUGGAAAAGCGGGAACGCGAGAGCAAGCCAAAGAGCUCGGCGGCCUCUAUCGCGCGUCGUGGUGGAGCUGAGCCAGCGAGCUCAGCGAUCAGCAGCGGCGCCACCGGAAGCAGCAGCGCAAAGCGCCAGAAGAUCGAGGCACCGCAAAACCUCGAUGCGGAUGAUCCGGUCGACAGCGACAACUCGGAUUCUGACUCGGACGAGGACGACACGGCGGCACUGUUGGCGGAACUGAACAAAAUCAAACAGGAACGGGCAGCCGAGCAGGCAUCCCGGGAGCGCUCCAAGCAGCAGGAGGAAGAGAAAAUUCGCAUGGAAAACAUACUGUCUGGAAAUCCGCUGCUCAGCUACUCGUCCACGGCCAAGGCAGAGCUGAAGGUGAAGCGCCGCUGGGACGAUGAUGUUGUGUUCAAGAACUGUGCCCGCUCGGAACCGGACAAGAAGGCGAACCAGUUCAUCAACGACUCGCUGCGAUCCGAUUUCCACAAGAAGUUUAUGGAUAAGUACAUCAAGUAGGCUGCGGGAUUUUAUACUUUCUCGGGGGUUCGUAAUACUAAGCAUCUAAUUACAAUUGAAAUCAUCUAUUGUAUAUGUACCGAAUAAAGGGAAAAGAGAGUUUCAUUCUA